AUGAGCGAAUCUAUUAAUCGUAUAAUCUUAAAUGUUGGUGGUUUCAAGUAUGAAACAACACGUAAUACUCUUUUGUUGUUUCCAAAAUCUUUACUUGGUAUCAUGUUCAAAGAAGAAAAUUUACAAAUGUGCAAAUUUGAAAAUGGAAAUGAAGUUUUCUUUGAUCGGAAUGGACUAGCCUUUCAUUAUAUACUAGAAUUUUAUCGUACAAAAAAACUUCUUUGGAGUGAUCACUCACAUUAUAUUACGAAAGAAGAAAUCGAAACUGAAAUUGACUUUUUUCAGUUACCAAUUGAGGUACCAUUACCUCCCCCUGUUGUCGAAAAGCCUGACUAUCGUGUAGAAAGUUUGAAUAAAAUCAUCGGCGUGUUUGAAUCUCUUAUUUCAACAGCAAAAGGAAUUUAUAUUCAUAAACUAGACAUAACAUUCCCUUGUUAUGAUAGAGAUGGGUUUUUUAUGGAACCAAGAAUUAAAAAGCUAGUUGAUAUUGUACAGGAAUUUUCUGAUUCUGGAUUUAAUUUAUUGCAAAAAUAUGGUGAGAAUAUUGGUAAUCACCUUAAAGAAAAUGAUACCGAAUUAAAAUGGGAAAUAAGUGUUAAUGAUGUGGGUUGGCAUAAUGCUAAAUGUAUCAUUAAUAUUGAGAUUGACGCUCAAUAUGACGAGUCUCUCAUUAUCGCCAAUUCGAUUCUUGGAAGGAAAAAACAUUCUUCGUAA